AUGGCUAUAAUAUCACGCCGGUUAUGGAAACAAACCGGUAGAGAAAUUGAAUUCGAAUCAAAUACUACCUAUGUUCCUCGAAGUGAAUUAGACGAGUUUCUUAGUCCUCCUCCUAGUCUUGGAUUUACCGAAAAUCGGCGCAAUUCAAAUCCUAAUCGCGGGAUGAAUUUUAAUCCCGGGUCAAGUGGGUCAAAUAGUUUUACUCAUACACAAAACAUUUCUAAUCCUAGGUUUGAAACUCAUCAUGCAGCAAGGAUACCAAAUAUUAAUCCAUAUUAUGGCAAUAAUAGCAAUAACAAUUAA